AGGCGCUCUUCUCUCGUGGCUGCGAUCCGCCGCGCGCGCAGUUGGUCCGCGCGCACUGCUGAAACGCACGCGACUGCACUGCUUGGAUAUCAAUUCACAUCGGAUGCUGGCAUCGUGAGCCUCGGCUUUUUGGAAAGGUCGUAAGAGGAGGAAGAGGAGGACAAUAGCCUUCUUGUUCUUGGAUGUGUUGUACAUGAAGGAGACAACGUGCCAGUCUGCACGGCCUGGUGUCGGCACAAAGUGACCUGCAGGCAGCCCAGUAUGCCCAAAAGGGAGGAAGAAAUCUAUCCGCCAUGACACCUUAUCUCUUUUCUUGGACGGGACUCCUCUUCUUAUCUGUUGCCUCUGCCACAAGGCUCUUCAAUGACACCACUUCCAACACCACAACUGACGGACCCACGGAAUCCUCAACACACACCGUCGCAACAACGCUCACCUACCUGGAGACAGCCUCCACAGAUGCACAAGAGACACCAUCGUCAACCGCGUCUGACGUCACACAUAGUACCACCGCACACGGCUUCGCGGAGGCGGGAGCUACAACACAGAACGCCAGCACAAUACACACAACAGAUAAUGGCACUCUUCAAAGUAAUAAAUCAACCACACAGACAAUCCACACAGAAACCCCCACACUUACUACGCUUUUACCUUUGUCGACGCUGCCACUCGAAACUGAUGCUACGACGGUAUUGACAACAACGAAAGGCACCACGACCGUCAACGACACAACAGCGCCCCACGCGACAGAGGAAGAAAGUUCGACCGAGACGACUCUAACCACGGAAGAAACCACAACGUGGACAACCUUCUUUCCAAAACGAAAUGCAACAACCCCAAAACGACGAAUAAGUGACAAUGUAAUGAAGUCCACCCCCAGUACACGACGCCUCAUGCUCGUCCUCAGAGGUAAUUGCAGCAAGGAGAACUUGAUGGGCGACCUGGAACAAGCCUUCAAGAAACUAAGCCCCGUAGAAAACAUCAGCGUCACUGAAAUUCAUUGCAGCACCAUCCUCGACGUCAACGUCACCCUCAGUGCGGGGGAGCUCCAACUAAAACAACUCCUCCGGAACUUAAGCUUAACCAGGAACCUCCCCGUCGGUGAAGACGGUUCAGCAGCUCACCGGUUCGUCCUAACGGACUUCUCGGUGCGCGAAGACGUACCGAGUGACGGCGCUACCUCGGUUCGGCCGAGAUGGGUUCCGACGGAUGAAGAACUCAUCAUAUACAUCGCGGUCGGAGUUCUUUUUGGUAUAGUUCUCGUGAUCGCGUUCGUGGUCUGUACCAUCAAAUGUUGCAGAAGACAACCGACAAAGACGUUAGACUUUUUAGAGACGCCACAUCUCAACCUCCGUCUUGAAGACUACAGCUUAACGCGUAUACCGAGACCUCACACCAUAUACGCGGACCAUCUUCGUACCCCUACCAGUGAGAACGGGCCGACGCCACACUUUGGUGGUCCAGGUCUGGUCCAACCAUUUGAUACCUGCAUCGUUCCUCUCGAAGACGCCCCGCCUCGAAGGCUCAAAGAAGACAGGCAAGUUCAUCCCAGUAGUCAGCGUAUGAGGACCUUCGGCCAGACAGCCACUUCGCCGUCGAGGACCCCCGGACCGCGGACCAGGAGGAUUGACGAUGUCGAAGACGACAGCGAAUCGCGCAGGUCUAGAAGCCUGUCAUCGUCACGUGAAAGGUUGGCGUAUCAACGCAAGUAUGGUCCGCAUGGUGUCGACAACCCGAUUUUUGUUCCAGAUUCUUUUUACGGGAGAAAAGCUAAAGGGUGAGGAACGUCAUUUGAACGAGUCUUGAGUCUAUACUGCCAAUAUAUUAUAUGUGAAGAUAAUCAUUGUUGACGACAAAGGCCUUGGCACAGCCAUCAAAAGGCACGUUCCUUCGGGUGAGGAACUGCUGCCAAUCCGCUACCUGGCCUGAACGCUCUCCGUGUUGUGGUUAUCUUAUCGCAAAGGCUCGGUGGCCUUGUACUGAUGACGUGGACACCGGUAGGAACGGUAGUGAGGGAAAAGUCACGGGUAGGUCUGCCUCUGGAACGGACGUCGAGGUAGAGUAACAUCAGGUUUGGGGGUUUGUCCACGAUAUAUUUUUGUAUCGCAGCAGUGUAUUUAGAUGUAGUGAUGUCGGAUGUAGUGGAUGAUGAGUAACAUCUAGUUCUUCUUCUUUAUUACAUAGUUGAUUGUGAGAAGUUCAGAGUAUGUAUUUGUACAGAUGAGUUGUACAACAUUCAUCACUGUUUACCAGGGGCUCCUAUCGGUAAUUUCUACGCUGAUAAGUGCCCUGCGCCAGAUAUGAAAAAGUGGCCUUUCAGUAUCAUUGUCGUACAGGUGUUCAUGGGCCGGUAAGGCUUUAAAAAAAGAAGAAGAAAGAAAGCUCUAGAUGAAGUGUUGGUCCAAUCCUUAGCUCUGGCGAUUUUGUCUUUUUUUUUUUGUUGUUGUUGUUGUUGUUGUUGGGGGGGGGGGGGGCGUGACCUACCACCGCUAAUUCCCGAAGGCAUAGACAGUGCUGACACACAUCGGUGUAAUUCUGGGAACGUAAGUAUCCCAUUCUUACAUGCCACCUUACGUGCCACCUUUGUUCGUCUUCAGUGGAAACGUCAUAUUGAAUAGAAUUCGGGGAGAAAUCGGGUUUAACCCGAAUUGGUCGGUGGUCAGUUCGGGGGGAACGUUUUAUGCAUGUCCAUCUGCGCUUUCGUGUUCGCUGGCUCAUUUUCAGUUUGUCCUACGCGCACACACGUUUGAAUUUUUAGAGCGCCAAGGCUGAACUUGUAAUGGACGCUGUUGUGGUAUUUUCCGGAUCGUAUCCACAGACACAGUUACGCAAAUAUAUGACGCAACCAGUGAUACCUUUACAAGCUGCCAAAACGAAGUCAGAUCCUCUGUGCAACACAAACAUAAUCUUUUUAACGGAAAUUUUUCUUUAUUCCCUGACUUUUUCUUGUCCAUUUCAAGCGCACUUUUCUGUAAGCUUGCACCGGACAAUUGAAAUAAUCCUGAUACUGGUACCUUUGCCUCCUCUAGCUUCAAAAACAAUAUCUUCCGAACGCCCAGCGCCGACAUAAAACGGACUUAAUGUCAUCCUGCGGUUCAUAAAAUAUUGGCAUGCCAGUGGAUAAAGCACAGUUCUAAAGUAUUCUGAGCGCGAACGAAACCAUGGCCAGGAAUCCCCCCCCCCCCUGGGGAUGGGGUGUACAACCAGGGUUUUUGCAACCCCCUUGAAAUUUCUGACUGUCCAAUACAGCCCGGCUGCCAAUACAUGUUCCAGUGAACAUGUACCACGAACAUUUAGCUCUUCCCCCCGCUUGAGGCUCGACACCCCCAGAGGUCGAUUUCUGGGGAAAUUACUGCCCUUGACUUUCGAAUACACAUUGGAUGCAGCAGAAUAUCAAGGAGACGACGUCUUGGGACAUGAUGUAACGUCCGUGGACGACGUCCUCCGGAUGUCUAGUCCACGUGUGGCUUUCCAGGGACGCGGCUUCCUUGGAGUCCACCGCUUGCGGGGUGCUUACCAGUGUGAAGUUACGGGAAUGGGAGUCAUAAUACGUUGAUGUGUGUACGAGUUAGCGACGUGAACUUUACUGUCGCGAAGCAAUGUAGGUUGUGUAUGUGUGUGUGCGUUAUAUUUGUGAGGACAUUAUACAGCUAUUACUUCACGAACCUCUCACGAUUAUUGAAGAAGGAUCUUCAAAUUGUGAAGUCGUGUCAAAAGCAGCACUUCAAGUAGAAAAAAAGAGAUAUUUCGAGACAGACAUGUCUGUACAAAGGUGUUCUUCGAAAGAAAACUAGAUCUAGUCGAGAUGCCCUACGGGGUGAUUCCCGGAUGAAGCGUACCAGCGUAGUUUUCCACAGCAUUGAACCAUCCCAUUUAGCUAAGUACUUGUGUAUAGUCGUGUUCAACCUAAGAACGGCACGGUUAAGCCCCGCCCAACUCUUGUUCCUAUUGGCUGCAGCUAGCCGCAUCGCUCUACGUCGCUCGCGCGCCGACAGGACGACACCGAAACUAUGGAAGCCCUGUACGCGACACCUUGUGGUGCUGCAGCAUAAUUUCUCCUGCGGAGUAACUCUGUUAGGGCUGAUGGACUACAUUUCAUGCCGUUUUUAGUUUGAAGACGUGUAUAGUCUUGUCCUAACUAACAAAUAAAUGGCGUUGAUAAGCAGUGCCAAACUGGGAUCACUUAUCAUUUAUACGUGUUACGUCAAACUUUGCCGUCGCAGGGUGAGAGCCCUAUGAGAAAAGUCUCACCUAACUUUGACUGUGGUGUCUUCCGUUUUAUUCCUGUUUUAUAGAAAGCAUGCUUUUUUUUCUUCCCCUCUGAUCAACUUCUUGAAGCGUCACUAUUGUUAACGUGUGAUCUUGUGGUUCUUGUAAAUAGUGAACGAAAGUGUGCACACGUGAAUAUUGUUGUAUUUUGUAUGCAAGAGAUCUGAAGUCGAGAAUAAAACCGUACAGAAAUA